GACGGUAUGGACGAUCAAUAUAUUAGUGUGAAAUCAUUAGAAUAGCGUUGUCUAAAUGCUGAUUUGUGUGCCAUUUGGAUGCUAGAUUGGUUCCCUUUGACCUAUCGCGGCAGAAGCGCAGGGCAAAUCUAUCUUGAGUUGACGUUUUACUCGGCAGGAUCUAGAAUCCUCCGCCUCGUCGUCAACCAACGCGUUACAAAAAUGCUGGUCGCCCAGUGUCAUUUGGUGGCUAUCAUCCACCCGUACCAAACGCAGGUUACAGACCGCCUUCGCAAAGACCUCUUCCGCCUGCGCCUACUGAAUCGAUUUCUACACCAGUGCGUAUGAACAAACCAGGUCCGCCUCCCUAUAUUCCGCCUCCACCUCCAGGUACCUCUCAGGAUCAGCAGGCCACACCUCACAUGCCACCUACCAUCAAUCCUACACCCUCGUUAUCUUCCGGUGUACCAGGCCGUUAUUCUUCUGGCCCCGGACGUUCUCCCAGCCCAGCAGGUUUUGUAGCUCCUUCUUCUCAAUCUUCCCAUGGCUAUCCGCCUCGUCCUCCAAUGGGUUAUGGAACUCAGAGACCCGAUUCAUCGGCCGCUCCAUUGUUAUCAGCGCCUUACAAUCCUCAAGGGGUGUCGCCCAGACCUCAUAGUAAUGGACAGUAUCCCCACGGUGAUGUAUAUCCACCCGCUCAUCCUUAUCCUCCUUCUAAUGGCCAAUAUGGAUUUCCCGGCCCAUCAAGCUAUCCUCCACCAGCGCAGUCGAAUAUCGGUUUCCCAGAACCACAACACUUUAACGGCAACUAUGCCCCGCGUAAUGAUGUUGUAGGCACGCCGUUUGCAGCACACCAAGGCAUUUAUCCACCGGUGUCGUCGGGAGGCUAUCCUCCUGCUAAUACAUAUCCGCCUCAGCAAGGUUACCCACCGCAACCUGGUUAUCCACCAUAUUAGAAUAUGAUUAUUAAAGAGAAUCAAAAACCAUAAAAAAAAUGCAAGAUGUUGAGAAAACAGCAACAAGGUUGCGCAUGUAACCAAGGAAUAAAAAAAAAUGCAGUGAAAAGCCUACA